AUGAAUGCAAAAUAUGUUGUGGCCCUGAUUCUCGCUCUGCAGGUCUCUGUGAGCCUGUGUGAAAUUCCUGCACCAUCACAGGAGCUUCUUGAUAAGUAUAAUGGCCUGAAAGCAUAUUCUACAAGAGGAUACAGAAUGCUGCUGAAAAGCUGCAGGGGCCUUGCUGCUCCCAUGAUGGAGCAAGCUGGAAAUUCAGAACAAGCUGGAGCUGUUAAAGAGUACGUCGAUGAACUGCAGGCCAAGCCCGAAUUCCAAACCUGGUCAAGUUUUGGCUUGGGUGGUGAGGCUGCUACCACUGGUGAUCAGGCCCGCUUAACAGCCUUGUUCUAUGAACAAAACCUCCGCGCCAAGAUCGGUCCUCAUCUGGAAGACGCCAUCAACAACAUCAAGCCAGUCCUGGACCAAUAUCUGCCCUCUGAGUAGAGAAGGCCCACCGCUUGUCUGCAGGCUGUACUAGAUAAUAGCUUAUAGAAAGUGCACAGAUUUUGGCUGAGAAGAGCAAUGCACAAUGCAAAUACAAUCCUUUGCCUUUUUUCAAAUCAACAUCCUUGAUGGCUCAUGCAAAGUUAAAAGCUGGGCAAAGAUGUCAACACCACCUAUGCAAAUUGUGCAUGUAUAGUAUUUUGUGUUUAAUACACUAACUGAUGGGAGACUGUGUAUGUUUGUGUGUGUUAGUUCAUUAAACGAACUGAAUACUA